CCACCCAAGUUUACUACAAUGUUAGAUUCCCAGAACCAAGGAGAGAGAUCUUUUAUAAAUAGGAUUACUCGUUCCUUCUUCAGCUAUACUAAGACACUGUUAAAACUCUCAUUGCAAAGUGCAUUCCCGUUUCCAAAUUCCAAAACACCACUCUUCUCAAACCCUAUUUUUCUAGAACCAAGGUUCAAUUUCAUUCUUCAUACAUGACACCCCAUGGAGAGUCAUUGGUUAAACCUUUCCCUAUUACCAACAACAAAUUAUCUAAGCCACCAAAGCUCUCACCAGAGCACCUUCAACGAACGUUCUCCGACAUCUCCUUCGAGCUUAUAACCAAAGAAGCCAUCAAUGACCUGAAAGAACUCCCAACAAUCUCCGAAGUCGAGGACGCGAAGUGCGAGUGCUGCGGCAUGUCCGAGGAGUGCACGCCGGAGUACAUCGACCGCGUUCGUGACAAGUUCAUGGGCAAGUGGGUGUGCGGGCUGUGCGCAGAGGCGGUGAAAGAAGAGUUGGAGAAAAAUGGAGGAAAAAAAGAAGAGGCUUUGAGUGCACACAUGAAUGCUUGUGUGAGGUUCAACAAGUAUGGUAGGGCUUUCCCUGUUCUGUUCCAAGCUCAGGCCAUGAAGGAGAUGCUGAAGAGGAACAACCUCGAUGGGAGAAUUAGGGCUAAGUCUAUUAGUCCAAGGGAUAAAGGAGGGGUGAAGAAUAUUAAAGGAUCUCUUGCUCGUAGUUCAAGUUGCAUUCCAGCACUUACAAGAGCAAUGAAUGAUAUCAAAAUAACCAACUAGUCUUAGUAGUACUACAAGUGUAUAUGGUUUUGUUGUGUCCUUAAUUUGCUAUGUAUGAUUUUCAGUGACUGACUACACUAGGUUCUUCUGUACGUGACGAGUCCCACAUCGGAGUUCUCUGGUUUUCCAAAUGCUUCCAUGGCUAUCUUUGGGAAAAUUAAAGGAAUGGUCUUAUAUGUCUCAUGGGAAGGAGCCAUGAAGUUGCCAUUAUGAGGUUUUUUGGGUUAGUAAUUAGCUAGCCUUUCACACUUCUUCAUGGUGAGUCCUUGUGAGAUAUUGUUUGCAUUUCCUUCACGAGAGGGUUCUUCUUUGUUUUUGGUCAGUGGUUAGUUUUAUCUUACUAUAUGAAAAUUAUUGUAUUCUAGAUCAAACCAAUCAUGUAACGGAAAUAAAGUUUAAUUAAUUAAUUAUAAGUUUGAUAUAUUUAUGUACAA